CCAGCACAGUCCAUCGCCAACUUCCCUCUUUCCCCUUCUCCCCUUCCCAAAACCUCAAUCUCAGAGGAAAAAGGUAACCUCCUCGCCGCCGGCCAAUCGGGCAUCCGCCAUGGCCUACCUCCCGCCCCACCGGCGCCACUCCAGCAGCUCCGAGCCCGCCCCAACCCCUUUCCCACCGAUCUCCUCCCUCCAGUCCCUUUCCAUCUCCUCCCCUCGCGGUCGCGGGCGUCACCACCUCCGCCCGUCCAACAACAAGAUCAUCCACGCCGCGGGCUGCGUCUCCCGCUGGUCCCCGCUCCCGCCCUUCCCCCCCGGCUCCGGCGACGCCGACACUUUCCGCCUCGUCCCCUUCCCCUGCGAUCCCAUCGAGCGCGAGACGGGCGCCAAGCCCCUCGUCCUCGCCCUCUCCUCCCCGAAAAGCGCCCCCGGCUCCGCGGAGGCCGCGGUCGCGGCCAUCACCGAGAGUUUCUUGCCGGACCUCCUAGCCGCGGCGGAGAGGGCGAGGGCGACGGCGCGCGAUGCGCCCACGGAAGACGAGGAGGUAAAGCUGAGCCUCGUGGCAAGGGUGGGCAAGGUCCUGUUCCAACCCGGACCUAGCGGCGGACCCGUCUCCCUGGACUCUGUCCGCGACGCAGCAAAAGCAGGGGCAGAAGGAUCGAGGAGCCAGGUCCGUAAAUCGUUCUAUACGAAUUUGCCCGGCAAGUGUGUGGAUGAGAUUGGGAUGUAUAUUGGGAAGCUGACGGAUCUGAAGUUCGAUUCAUCAAAAAAGCACUACCAUGUCAAGGUGUUUGACAAGCAGCGAAGUGAUACGACGAUGUCUUGCAAAUGCACCGUGCAAGAGGAUGGGAAGCUUGUGAUCCACAAGGUUGAAUUGAACCAGAUACGGCAGCUGGUGGAGGACAUAUCCUGCCUGUCCAAAGAUUUUGAUUUAAGGCUGAUGUUGCGUACAAAAAGGAUCCUGAAGAACAUAGACCCUGAAGUGGAAAAUGCCAUAAAGAGCUUAGUGUCUUCAGCUAUUGUUGAUCCUGAUGCCAAAGGGGGACUUAAAUGGCCACUUGGGAAUGAGUCGAUUGGUGAGAGGUUCAGCAUAGUUGGGGUGUGGCAUACAAGCUAUAGUGCUUUCAGGAAUAAAACCUUAAGGUUGAAGCUCAGGUGUGCUGACCGGUUUGACCACCGGAGCUCCACUGGAGAGAUUUCCAAUGAAGUUACCUUCAAACUAACUGGCAUAUCUGAGAGACUGCAGGAUGGGAAUGAAGAGGUGGACACUCUGAAGGGGAUGCUGGACUCCGCGGUGCAGAUGAUCUGGGACACUGUUUUGAGCUACAAGAUCAAGCCUUGAGCUUGGGUAUGCUGACAUACAGGGGGAGUACAUUUUUUUUUCGAAACGGAGGCAAAAGAUUUGCCUCAUCUAUUAAAUAAGAAGAGGAUAGAGUUUGUUACAAGGGCACACUUUUAGACGAUGAUGUUGUUUAGCAAGAUUGGUGGCGGAGCACUCUUGUUCCGGAAAACACGGGCAUUCCGCUCGUUCCAAAUGGUCCAUGACACGAGCAUGUUUAGAGAGGCCAUGGCCUUCCUGUUGGGGACUCCGGCGCCGGUCCUAUUUGUCCACCAUUCCUUGACCGAACUCUCAAGAUGCCACAUAGAGGUGUCCAUAUGAUGAAGCCCAAAUUUUGCAAUGACCAAGUUCCAUAGCCUAAUAGUGAAGCGGCACUUGAAGAAAAGGUGCGGUCCACUUUCUUGCUCUCGCUUGCAAAGGGUGCAAAGACCACAAUUUGGCCAUCCACGUUUUUGUAGUCUAUCCGCGGUCCAAGUUCUGUCUUGGAUAGCCAACCAAGCGAAGAAUUUAGCCUUUGGUGGCGCUCAAGUUUUCCAAACCAUUUGGUCCAUGGGAGAGAGAACCAAGCCAAGGAAUUGGGCCUUGUAGGCGGAGGCUGCAGUGUAGUGCCCGCUUGUCGUAUGCUUCCACACAAUAGUAUCUUCAGAGAGUGCAUCCAGAUGUACAUCAUUCACAAGUGUCCAUAGUGUGAAGAAUUGUCGGAUGUGCUCAGCGGAGACAACCGUGGAGGUGUUGAUCUUGAGGAUCCAUGCAUUAUUUUGUAGGGCCUCCCGCACCUUCCAAUUCUUCCUUGAGGAGGCCACAAAGACGAGCGGGGCAACAUCCUUAGGCUUGCACCCAUGGAGCCAUGGUGACUCCCAAAAAGGCGUUUUAGCGCCGUUCCCCAUGGUGAUGGUCGUGGAUGCAUAGAAGAAGUCAAGGUCCUCCUCAUUACAUGGAUUUCCCAAGCCCACACACAACUUUUGUGGUGCCGUCCAUUCAAACCAUGGCCAUCUCAAGCGCAAGGCCCGAGCGAAUUUAUCGGUGUUGAGAACCCCUAGGCCGCCAUAUUCGCACGGGCGGCAAACCAUUUCCCAGUUUACCUUGCACUUGGCGCCCGUCGUCUUAUCCGAUCCCGACCAAAGGAAAGCCCGCUCCAGUUUGUUGAUAUUGUGAAGAAUGCCCGGCGGUAUGACCAAAGAUGUGAUGAAAUAGACCGCUUGCGAGGUGGCGACAGACUUAACAAGUGUCGUUCGUCCAAUGGUGGUGCUGUUUUGCCCCUCGUAUGUCACCAACUUGGCCGCAAUUUUGUCCUCAAGAAAUUGCAAAUCCACCUUCUUAAGCUGCCAGACGGACAAUGGAAGACCCAAGUAUCUUAUGGGGAAGGACGCCCUGUUAGCUAGCAAUCCUUGCAGAAUGUGCUCCAGGUUUAGGUGAUUGCAUCGAAUGGGCAAAACCGAGCUCUUGUGAAAAUUGGUGCAUAGUCCGGUGACCUCCCCAAAUCCGCGCAAAAUGGCCGAGAGGUUGUCAAUAUCUUUUUUGAUUGGAGCCAUGAAAACAGCCGCAUCGUCUGCAUAUAGUGAAGUUCGCACCAUGAUCCCUCUCCCACGAAUUUUGUGGAGUAGUCCUUUUCGGGUUGCCAGCUCCAGUAGUUGUUGGAGUGUGUCAAUUGCAAUGACAAAAAGGAGCGGGGAUAGGGGGUCCCCCUGCCGAAGGCCCCUACCGUGCUUGAUGGGGUUGCCAGCCACCCCGUUUAACAGAAUCCUAGAAGAUGAUGUGCAAAGAAGAGCCGCAAUCCAAUCCCGAAACUUGGGGGGAAACCCCCUCCGCCGAAGGAGGUCGAGGAUGUAUUCCCAUCUGACCGAGUCGAAGGCUUUGCGUAUAUCUAGCUUGAACAGGAGAGACGGAGUCUUGCAUUUGUGUAGCCUACGGGCCAAGUUCCGAACACACAUGAAGUUAUCGUGGAUGCUUCUGCUCUUGAUGAAUGCACUUUGGGCGUUAGAGACCAAGCUGUUCAUGCGCGGGGCGAGACGGAUGGAAAGAAUUUUUGCGAUAAUCUUGGCGACGGCAUGAACGAGACUAAUGGGCCUGUAGUCCGCAAUCCCCUCCGCGCCCUCUUUCUUGGGCAACAUCACUAUAUUUGCGGAGUUGAGCCAAUGGAGACUAGAUGUGUGAAGGGAGUCAAACUGGUGUAUCACCCUCAUCAUGUCGAACUUAAUGACGUCCCAACACUUCUUAAAAAAAGCUCCAGUGAAGCCGUCUGGGCCGGGCGCCUUGUCACUUGGCAUGUCAUUGAUUGCCUCACGUACCUCCUCAACGGUGAUGGGUGAGUCGAGGCCGUGCAAGUCAUGUACCUCUAAGUUGAGCUCCUCCCAGUUUAGAUCCUUAUUGCACGUGUUUCCUUUUUUCAUCACUUCAAAAAAGUGGUCCAGAAUGAGCUUCUCCUUAGCGUCAUGCUCGGUGACCCACCCUUGGUCAUGUUUUAGCCUAUGAAUGUGAUUUUUCCUCCUUCUAGCAUUAAUCCGGCGAUGGAAGAACUUGGUGUUGGCAUCACCCUCCUUGAGGUUAGCAAUUCUCGCACUUUGCUUUUUCCGACCUCUCUCAAGCACGGCCCAGCUAAUGACCCUCCUUUUAAGCCUCGCCCUAAGGUCACUCUCCUCGGGAGAGAGUUGUCGGGUCUCUUGAGCGAUGUCGAGGCGUAGGAUCACGAAUAGUGCAGCGUGUAGGUGAACCUUUGCCUUGGAGAAAAGGCCCCUACUCCAUUCGGAAAGGCGGAGAGCCACCUUCUUGAGCUUAUGGAACAGGACUUGAUAUGGCUCAACAUGCUCGAGCGGCUCAAUCCAAGCCUUUUUGACCACCUCCAUAAAGCCGGGCAUAGCAAUCCAAAAAAUUUCAAACUUGAAGGUUCUAGGCCUCCGAGGCCCCUUAUCAUCUGCGAGGAGAAGCGGGCAGUGAUCGGAUAGAGAGGACGAGAGGGCGUGAAGCAGAUGAGUGCUGAAAGUGGUGUCCCACUCGGCAUUGCAAAAAAACAAGUCCAGUUUGCACAUAGUCGGGUUUUCCCUCUCGUUGCUCCAAGUGAACCUCCUAUUUUGCAGGUGUAUCUCUUUAAGCUCACAACUUUGCAGUGUCGCUCGAAAACCGAUUAAUUCUACUUCGAUUGACAUGCCUUUUAUUUUUGUCUCUUGCACGAUAAAUUUGGUUGAAAUCCCCAGCCGCAAGCCAUGGCAUGCCAUUGGGCGGUUUUUGGCUGAUAAGCUCCGCGAAGAAGGCAUCUUUGCGAGAAGAAUCCGCGGGGCCGUACACGGUGGUGAGCUUGUAUUGCACAUCGGAGUCACGAAUACGGACCAUGGCGGACAGGCAGAAGGUGGUAGCUGUGAUGUUGGACAUUUCCACAAGGUGAUCGUCCCAGAGCAGCAAAAUGCCUCCACGAGUGCCGUCCGCCGGCCUUUGCGCAAAACUGCGGAGUCUGCUCCCUCCUAAGAAGGAAGCUGUGAAGAUGUCGACAUUGUGAAGCUUUGUUUCCUGUAGACACACAAUAUGGCAAGAAGAAGCAGCGAUGGUGGCGCUGACAGUAGCUCGUCUAUCCGGACAGUUGAGGCCCCGGACAUUCCAACACAUAAACAGGGGGAGUACAUUGCAUUGUCAUUGUGUGCCAUAUAGUUGUUUGACGAUGCUUUGGUCUUCCUUGCUAGUUGCUACUGCAAUGGGUGUGGUUUACAGACCCGCUGUCUAUAUAGAGUUGUAGUAGUAUUUAGUAGUGGAUUACUGAAUUGCCAUGCUGGUUAACUGCACGAGAAUGCGGUGUGUGCUACCUGCUGAGUUGCAAUUUUCAGAUUGUUCGCAUUUCA